AUGGACUUUCAAAUACAACAUAUUUAUCGAGAAGGAAACUCGGUUGCAGAUGUUCUGGCAAAUCAAGGGGUUCUGGGUCAAGCCCCUCAUUUAUACUCGAAUCAAGGAGACUUGCCUCUUCAAAUCAGGCUUUUAUUGCAGCAUGACCAGCGUGGGAUCAAGCCUAUGGACUUUCAAAUACAACAUAUUUAUCGAGAAGGAAACUCGGUUGCAGAUGUUCUGGCAAAUCAAGGGGUUCUGGGUCAAGCCCCUCAUUUAUACUCGAAUCAAGGAGACUUGCCUCUUCAAAUCAGGCUUUUAUUGCAGCAUGACCAGCGUGGGAUCAAGGUAGUUCGUAAGAGGUUCUCUGCACUGUCCUAA